UUCCCUCUGCCUUCACCUGGAGAGCUCGUCACCGAACAAGAACCAACCCAUUCUUUUGCAGACAAAACUACAAGCCAAGCGCUAAUCCAAAUUAACUCACAUCACAUUUCCCAGCCAUAGGAAACCCUUCCAUCGUUUAGAGAUAUCUCUUUUUUUCCAUCCAGACGUUGGACAAAAGCCAUCGCAGUCGCAGUAAUAGCCCGAGUCUUACUCUACUUGACACCACCACAGUCAGCACCCCUUGCUCUCUUUUACUACGACCCAGGCCAGUCCCACCCACGCUCUCUACCUUUGUGCACACACAGCCCGCCCAUUAGCAUCAGCAUCACGCAGCAGCUACACGAAUAGCUGCACCCUCAAGCCCGAAAAAGAACAAGGCAGCAGAGAGUGAAGAAGGCGGCACAUGUCCGCCAAGGCCAUCACAAUCACAAACUUGACGGCCUCGUCGUCACCGGCGGCAGCGGGCUCGGGGCCCGGGAGGCCCGCCAUGAUGGGCGCCUCCUCGGGCUUCCGCCCGCAGUACAAGCCGCAACAGCAGUUCCCGCGCCGCGAGAGGCUAUUCGACGGCCUUGAGCCGCAGCAGCGCGUCCGCCCGCCGGGCGUCUCGACGCUGUCCGUCUCGGCCUCGCGGUUAUCUACAGGUGGUGGUACUAUUACCACUACCACGACGGCAGCGAGGUCGUCGCCCCUGCACUCCCCCUCGUACUCGUCCGCCUCGACCUCGCCCACCGCCUCCGAGGCCAGCAGUAGCAGCUGCUGCCCCAAGUGCGGCUUCGACACGCCCGCGUCGUCGACCGCGUCCUCGCCUGUAUCCGCCACGUCGCCGACAACAUGCGCGGGCGGCCGCUGCAGCGCCGUGCUGGCCGACGCCAAGGCGCAGAUCGGCGACCUGCAGACGCAGGUGCGGCGGCUGACGGAGAAGGCGUUCGAGGACGUCGAGAAGCGCGCCAGCUACGAGGAGGAGCUCGGCAAGCUGCGGCGCGCCCUGCGCAACUCGACGGCCGCCGCCGCCGCCGCCGUGCCGGCGUCGUCCUCGGCAGCAAGCCUGGUUGGCUCCUUGUGGGGCGGGAACGGCAGCAGCAACAACACACUAGCUGCAAAACCGGCCAUGCAGCGCUCGCCCACGGACCCCAUGGCGGACAGGCUGCUGGUGGCGCUCAGCAAGGAGGAGCACCGGCGCAAGGACGGCGACGCGACGCUCGAGGAGCUGCUGGUGGCGCUGACGCGCGAGCAGCAGCUGCGCGCGGCCGCCGAGGCGCGCGAGCUCGACGCCAGCCGCGAGGUCGAGGAGCUGAGCGCGAGCCUGUUCGAGGAGGCCAACGAGAUGGUGGCCACGGAGCGCCGCGACAAGGCCGCGCUCGAGGGGCGCGUGGUCGGGCUCGAGGCCCGCAACGCCGAGCUCGAGGGCCGCGUCGCCGAGCUGGAGCAGGCCGGCGCCGAGCUCGAGGGCCGCGCUGCCGGCCUGGCCGAGCGCAACGUCCUGCUCGAGAGCCAGAGCAGGGAGCUGAAGGUCAGGGACGACGAGACGAGACAGCGGCUCGAGGCGCGCAUCGAGGAGCUCGAGGAGCGCAACGCCAUGCUGCACCGCCGCGACGAGGAGAAGCGGAACCGGCUCGAGAGGUUAGAGCUGGCCGUCGAGAGGAUCGAGCGCGUCAAGGAGCUGCUCGCCGAGGAGAUCUAAUGGACUGCAUGGAAAUUGAAUGUCUCUUUUUUUUCUCUCGUCUUUUUUUCUUUUGCUUUCUUUACAGCUAGAUACCCUCUCUUCUUUCCAUCUACCUGCAUAUCUUGCCAUCUCCUUUGUUUAUCAACCACUCUCGGGCGCUUGGAAAGGGGCACAUGGAAAAUAUUGGAAGCUGUCAAGGGACUGGAAUUGGCCGGACUUUGCAUGGAUGAUGGUUCAUCAUAUCUACCACAAAGGCUUGGGAGAAUCCCUGCUCUGUCUGUGGCUGCCACCGCACCAGCAUUGCAAACAUGAUCAGGGAAGGACAUGGAAGUUGGGACGACAUGGACAUGAAGACCAGAAUGGGCAUCUAUUUACAGACUGGGAAUAUCGGCAGGCGCACAAGGGCGGCAGGGAAUUGUGUCUACAUAAACUCUAAUUGUGGGCUAUAAUAUCUACUUAUCAAACAGGCAAACACAUGUCAAGGGAGACUUGGGACGUAGAUACCGCGAGAGGGCAAAGACACAAAACAAAAGAACAAAAAUAAAACUGCAUGAAUAAACGCCGGCGCUAUGCUAUCUUCAAACCGUGAGCUGCCGAGACAUCUGUCAAAAGCUGGUGGGGGAUCGCCGGACCCUGAACGGCGUCC